AUGGCAUCCCCCAGUGGUGGUGGUAGCAGUAGUAAUAACAAUCCUAGUGAAAGAAAAUUAACACGUGACACUUCUCUAGAUAGCCAUGCACGAUUUAAUCUCUCUCCGGUUCCGAGUGUAGAAGAUGAUGAAGAUGAUGGAGUCGGACACGAAACUCACCGAGGCUUGAAUCGCAUCAAUCAAGAUGAUAGUGGCGAAGAAGCUGAUGUAGCGGGCAGUGGACCGAGUGGAGGAACAACGACGGUGACAUUGUAUGAUAAAAAUGAUGGGAUUAGUAGUCCACCACCAAGCAGACAUCAAGAACAAGUAACGAAUGUAACAUAUGUUGUUCGAAAACAUUAUGAAAAUUUUGAAACAAUCGACUGGUUGAAAGAUUUAAUGCGAAAUCGUAUUCGUCAUCGAAAUACACGUGCUCACAGACGUGAUGGUUGGAAAAAACGAUUUGCAUUUUGGUUUGAUACAUGGAGUGGUUGGAUUUGUGUACUAUUAGUCGGAGUAUCGGCAGGUCUCGUCGCUGGUUUUGUCGAUAUUGGUGCAAAAUGGAUGAGUCAUUGGCGAACAGGUAUUUGUGCACCUGCGUUUUGGCUUAACCGUGAACAAUGUUGUUGGGGAUCUCGACAUGUCGAAUUUGAUGAUGUACAUAAUGAAAUUUGCGAAUAUUGGAAGUCUUGGUCGGAUUUAUUUGGAUUUAAUGAAUUAUCAGCAAGUGCAUGGUUUUUGCAAUAUUUUAUGUUUAUCUUUUGGUCGGUUGUGUAUGCAGCAUUCAUUGUGGUACUUGUUGUUGGCUCAGCACCAUAUGCAAGUGGAUCAGGUAUUCCAGAAAUCAAGACAAUUCUAUCGGGUUUUAUUAUGUAUGGCUACUUGGGCAAAUGGACAUUUAUUAUCAAAAGUAUUGGUAUGAUCUUUGCGACUAGUGCAGGUCUUAUCGUGGGUAAAGAAGGACCAUUUGUACAUAUAUCGUGUUGUUGUGGAAACCUAUUCUCAAAACUCUUUCCUAAAUAUGGACAAAAUGAAGCACGUAAACGUGAAAUCUUAUCGGCAGCAGCAGCAACAGGUGUUUCUGUCGCAUUUGGUGCACCAAUUGGUGGCAUUCUUUUCAGUUUAGAAGAGAUUAGUUAUUAUUUUCCCUACAAAACUUUAUGGCGAACAUUUUUCUGUUGUAUGAUUGGAGCAUUAGUCGUCCGCACAAUAAAUCCAUAUGGAAAUGGACAUGAAAUUCAGUUUCCUGUAGAAUACAACGUUCCAUGGGCAACAUUCGAAGUAGUACCAUUCAUUGGUCUUGGUGCACUCGGUGGAUUAUGGGGAACGCUAUUCAUUAAAACUAAUAUUCGGUGGUUAAAAUACAAGAAAACUAGUCGAAUUGGACAAUAUCCUCGAGCGGAAGUGAUCCUUCUAACAAUUAUUACAGCUUUGGUUUGUUUUCCUAAUCAUUAUUUGAGAUUAACUAUGCCAGAGUUAAUUCGACGAUUAGUCGGACAAUGUCAUGUUGACGAUCAUAUGGACCUUUGCGAUUAUGAACGAGAAAUACCAAUUGGAACAGCUUCAGCCAAAUUAUAUGCAGCAGUUGCUGGACCGGGUAUUCAUCGUGCACUUUGGCAAUUAUUAUGGGCUUUGAUUGUACAAAUCACAUUGGUCAUAUUCACAAUUGGCACGAAGGUUCCAUCUGGCCUAAUCAUUCCAAGUAUUUCAAUUGGAGCUAUAGCGGGUCGUAUCAUUGGAAUUAUUACUGAACAAAUUGCCUAUCGCAAUCAACAUUUAGCUAUAUUAAGACAUGAAUGUGGUGUUUCAAAUGAACAUUGUGUCACACCUGGACUCUACGCCGUCGUGGGUGCAUGUGCAUUUCUAGGUGGUGUUAGUCGAAUGACUGUUUCGUUAGUAGUAAUUAUGAGUGAAGUGACAGGUGGAUUAUCCUAUAUUGUUCCACUGAUGGUAGCAGCAUUAACAGCCAAAUGGGUUGGUGAUGCAUUCGGAGAAGGAAUUUAUGAAGAGAAUGUUAAACUAAGCGGUUAUCCAUAUCUCGAAAAUCGUGAAAGUUAUCGAUUGACACGUAAGGCUGGUGAAGCAAUAGUUGAUAAACGUACUGGUGAAGUGAGACCGUUAAUAUGUAUCGUUCAAGAUGGAAUGACUAUUUAUCAAAUCGAUAAAUUGAUUCGUCAGCAUCCACAUUCGAUCUAUCCUGUUGUUCUUAGUACAGAUUUUCCCUGCAUUGUCGGUCAAAUCCUACGACGAGAUUUACUAGCGGUUUUGAAGUCACGUAAAACUCAAUUAACUUAUGAACAAUCGAAACCGGUCUUAAAUCGAAAAAUCUCCGUAGUGUCAAUGUCAAAUUUAUUGAAUAAAUCAGGUCAACCAUCUUCGUUAGGAAUGCGUCGAGCAUCAUUAGCAUUACAAGCAUCACGAGUUUUGCAAUUACAUAAACUAGUCGAUCGAGCGCCGAUUCUCGUAACUGAUCAAACACCAAUGGAGGCGGUUAUUGAUAUAUUUAGAAAACUGGGUUGUCGACAAUUAUUCGUUACAAAAAAUGGUCGUCUACAAGGAAUUUUAACACGAAAAGAUAUUAUUCGAUUGAUGCACGAAGCGAACGUUUCAGAGAAGAUGGAACACUGA